UCAGCAGAGAGGACAGACUGAGCUCAAGUUGCCAACUACAUCAUCACGGACGCUGAGGACUUUACUCAUGUUUCUAGAUCUAAAAACGUGUUUUUACGAAUAAUUUCUCCCGUGUCAUCUCCUAGGCCACUCUUCUAAUAGUGUAUUUAUUUGCCUAUAGCCCACGAGAAUGAACUUUAUUUAGGACGCAUCCCUCCCUCCUGCAGGGAUCCUGAGAUCCAGUCCCACCUUUGUCAUCAACUGCGGGUCUUCAUCUUGAAGUUCAGUCUCACCUCAGAUUAGCAUUCAUCACACUCAAUAUUGCUCAAGGCACAGAGGGAGGAGGACGAUGGGGGCUGGGGAGGUCUCCCCGCGAGCCCUGCUGCUGUGGCUCAGCCUGGCGGCCUUCAUCUCUCUGGUCUCGCCCCUGAACCCGGAUGACCCCAACGUGUGCAGCCACUGGGAGAGCUAUGCGGUGACAGUGCAGGAGUCUUACGCUCAUCCGUUUGACCAGGUCUACUACACCCGCUGCACCGACAUCCUCAACUGGUUCAAGUGCACCAGACACAGGAUCAGCUACAAGACGGCGUACAGGAGGGGCGUGAGGACCAUGUACCGGCGACGCUCUCAGUGCUGCCCGGGCUUCUAUGAAAGUGGAAACCUGUGUGUUCCAUUGUGUACUGAAGAGUGUGCCCACGGACGGUGUGUGUCCCCUGAUACCUGCCAGUGUGAGCCCGGCUGGGGAGGACUGGACUGCUCCAGUGGCUGUGAGAGCGACUUCUGGGGGCCCCACUGCAGUAACCGAUGUCAGUGCCGGAACGGGGCCAAAUGUAACCCGAUUACGGGAGCCUGCGUCUGCACCGACGGCUACCAGGGCUGGCGCUGCGAGGAGCCCUGCGACGUCGGCUUCUACGGCAAGGACUGUCUGCUGGAGUGCCAGUGUCUCAACGGCGCCACCUGCCACCAUGAGACGGGCGAGUGCCUCUGCGCGCCCGGAUACACCGGGGCCUUCUGCGAGGAGCCGUGUCCUCCAGGUAAGCACGGCUCCCUGUGUGAACAGCGGUGUCCCUGUCAGAACGGAGGAACGUGCCAUCACGUCACCGGCGAGUGCUCCUGUCCCGCCGGCUGGGUGGGUCCGGUCUGUGCACAGCCCUGUCCCUUCGGAUCGUUCGGCAUUAACUGCUCUCAGGAGUGCACGUGUCGUAACGGAGGCCUGUGCGACCACAUCAGCGGCCAGUGCCAGUGCACCGCCGGCUACGUCGGAGAGAGGUGUCAGGAUGAAUGCCCAGUCGGCACCUACGGGCCGCAGUGCGCCCACAAGUGUGACUGUCAGAACGGGGCCAAGUGCUACCACAUCAACGGGGCCUGUCUGUGCAACGAGGGCUUUAAGGGCCCCAGCUGCCAGGACCGCUUCUGUCCCCCAGGCCUGUAUGGACUCAUCUGUGACAAGUACUGUCCCUGCAAGGCUGAAAACACACUCAGCUGUCACCCUCUGUCAGGUGAGUGCACCUGUGCAGCAGGAUGGGCGGGGCUGUACUGCAAUGAGACCUGCCCGGCAGGUUACUACGGCGAAGGCUGCAGAGAGCUGUGCGCCUGUGCCAACGGAGCCGACUGUGACGGCGUCACCGGAGCUUGUAUGUGCGCCCCGGGUUUCAUAGGUGACGACUGCUCUAUCAGCUGUCCUGCAGGUCUCUAUGGGACCAACUGCACCUCCUCCUGUUCCUGCCACAACGAGAUCGCCUGCUCGCACAUCGAUGGCUCCUGUCUCUGCAGAGAAGGCUGGCAGGGUGUGGACUGCUCCAUCCUGUGCUCCAGCGGUACGUGGGGUCUAGGCUGCAAUCAGACGUGUCAGUGUGCCAACGGGGCGGCCUGCGACCCCGUCAACGGGACCUGCACCUGCUCCCCGGGCUGGAGGGACGAGUACUGCGACCUGCCCUGUCCCGACGGAUCCUACGGGCUGGACUGCAGGAUGAGAUGUGACUGUGUGAACGCCGACGGCUGCCAUCCAGUUUCCGGCUUCUGUCGCUGUCUCGCAGGUUGGACAGGUGUCCACUGUGACAGUGUGUGUGAGGAGGGACGCUGGGGACCGAACUGCUCCUACAGCUGCACCUGUGAGAACGGAGGCUCCUGCUCUCCAGAGGACGGCACCUGUGUGUGUGCUCCGGGCUACCGGGGCACCAACUGCAGGCGAACAUGUUCACCUGGUUUCUACGGCCAUCGCUGCAGCCAGUCAUGUCCUCAGUGUAUCCAUAGCGACGGGGCGUGUCACCACAUCACCGGCCAUUGUGAAUGUCUCUCCGGCUUCUUCGGCUCCCUCUGCAAUCAAGUGUGUCCCAGCGGGAAGUUUGGUAAAGGCUGCGCUGAGACGUGUUUGUGCACCAACAACAGCACCUGCAACCCCAUCGACGGCUCGUGUCAGUGCUUCCCCGGGUGGAUCGGCGAGGACUGCUCCAAACCGUGUCCUCAGGGCUCGUGGGGUCCAGACUGCAUCCACACAUGUAACUGUCACAACGGAGCUCAGUGCAGCGCGACAGACGGCGAGUGCAACUGCAGCCCUGGAUGGACGGGACUCUACUGCACUCAGCGCUGUCCUACGGGUUUCUACGGCUCUCAGUGUGCUGAGGUGUGCCGCUGUCAGAACGGGGCGGACUGCGACCACAUCACCGGGCAGUGCUCCUGCAGGACGGGCUUCAUCGGGCAGAGCUGUGAGCUCAAGUGUCCUGCGGGGACGUUUGGGUACGGCUGCCAGCAGCUGUGUGAGUGCAUGAACAACGCCACGUGCGACUACGUGACGGGGACCUGCUACUGCAGCAUCGGCUUCAAAGGCAUCCGCUGCGACCAGGCGGCUCUGAUGAUGGAGGAACUGAACCCCUACACCAAGAUCAGCCCCGCCCUGGCGUCAGAGCGGCAGUCAGCCGGCGCCGUCCUGGGCAUCAUCUUCCUGCUGCUGCUCAUCAUGGCCAUGCUCAGUCUGGUGAUCUGGUUCCGCUACCGGCAGAGAGAGAAAGGCCACAACGUGCCGAGCGUCACCUACACGCCCGCCCUGCACAUCAACUCCACCGACUACUCCCUCUCCGGGCUGCAGUGCACAGGCCUGCUCUCCUCUGCAGACUCCUCUCCCAGUAACAGCUCUGUAGGCCGCUGCUUCUCCAACCCCAGCUACCGAACCCUGGGACCCUGCACCUACGCCGCACACUACGCCAAGCCGGACAAGAGGAGCUCCGCCAAGAUGAAGACAAAGAAGCGACACAGGAACAGUGCUCCAGAGUGGGGGGCCUACUGUAACCUCGGUGAGCUGGGCGUUUACUGCAUUGACCGACGUUACAGCUACCACGUGGAGCCGCACUACAGAGACUACAUGAAGGGCUCCUUGUCCAGCACCUGCUCCCUCAACAGCGAAAACCCGUACGCCACCAUCAACGACCCGCCUGGUGCGUGUAAGCACUCCGAGAGCAGCUACGUGGAGAUGAAGUCACCGGCUCACCAUGAGCACAUGACACACUGCUGCUCCGCCGCCAUCGUCACCACCACCACCACCACCACCACGCCGGCCAAGAACGUCUACGACAUGGAACCAACCAUCAGUAUCGUCCAGGGAGCCGGCGGCAUGGCGGUUCCCAGUUACCCUCAGAACCCGUACGACCUGCCCAGGAACAGCCACAUCCCCAGCCACUACGACCUGCUGCCAGUACGCCCCAGCCCCGCCCACAGCCACAGCCUCACCCUGCACAGCCACAGCCCCCCGCUGCCCGGCAGCCCCACCAGCUCGCUGCUCUAGACCCACUGGGCCAGUGCUCCCAGUUCCCCCAGACCCAGGAAACUGUGAACAGGAAGUAACGCAGAAAAAUCUUUUUUUUUUUUUGUUUAAAUUGGUGAGCACAGAUGGACGUUUAGAGGACAGAGGACGGGUUCAUUUUAACUGACAUUUAUUUAUUUGUGUGUGUGUGUGUGUGUGUGUGUGUGUGAAAGAGGUGAGAAUCUCCUUCUUGCAGUGCUCCGACAGCAGCUGCACUGCUGUUUGAUAUUUCAUCACUGUAUUAUAUCCACUCUGUCUGAGCUGUUCUUGUGCCAGUCAAGACUACAUGUUUGUGUCGUAUUGUAAAUUCCUCUCAUCAACCAAACAUCAGCAGAGGGAGCACACAGACAUACCUCCAUUCUGGUAUGCUGGUCUCUUGUGUUUUUUUUCUGGGUCAGAAGAUGGAAAGUCGAGGACGAUAGGAAAAAGAAAACGAUGACUGAGCUACUCGUGUAAAUUUGUCUCGGUGGGCUCGUUUCCCGGGGUUGGACAGCAGAGUUAAAGAGUUUGCCAAAGGCUGAGGUCCACUUGACGCCCACAUGCAGCAGAUCUGCCAAACUGUACACAGAAGAAGCAUCAUAGUGGCAUGAAGGCCCGCAAACAGACGACUCUGAAGAAAAGGUGCUCAUUACUCUGAAAAAUAUGUGAAGAAAUGCACACAAAGUGCAGUCGACCUGUACAGUUCUGGUAUUUUUACACAUCCUUUCUUAUUUCCAGUUUACAUAUUUAAAGAUCCUGCCAGGGAUCCAUAUUUUCUCUCUGAAAAGUUCUCUUUUUGUAUGUACUGUGGACAAAGUGGAGUAUUGGCUGUACACUUACUGUACACUAGUGAUUAUUAUUGUGAUUUUGUUUUUUUGUGUCAAGCUUAAUACACAUUGCAUGCCAAAGAUUAUUGAAGGUAUAAUAGUUAGCCAGGAAUACCCUUAUUGUGCCAUUUGUUGCAAACCGAUUGUUGUCAUCUGACUGUCUCAACAUGGAAACGACUCUGAAACUGUGGAGCUGCAAAUAACGGUUAGUUUCAUUACCAACUCAACUUUCUAUGAAGGCUGCAUCUAUAGCAGGUUAUGGGGUCAUUCAUAGUGUAUUAUAAUGCUUUAUGACUACAUUCACAAACACACAUAACGCUUUCUGAUGCACUGUGGUGAAUUACAAGUUGAAGUGUCUUACGGAUGCUGUAUGAGCUGCUAUAGCACACUGUGAGUCCUCACUACAGUUGAUUGCUGAGUUGUGUAUGGGUGAGUAUAGAGAGUCAUAAUGCCUUAUAGGCCCCAUCAGUCAAAAUCUAGUUUAUAACUAGUCAAGAGCUUCCGUAAGACACUUGAACUUCUAAUUCAUUAUAAGUCACAUCUGUAAUGUGUUAUGACUGUUGACAUAGUGCAUCAGAGGGCAUUAUGUGUGUUUAUGAGUGUAGUCAUAAAGCAUUAUGAAUGCAUUAUAAUACUCCAUAACACACUGUAGUGUGUUAAUCGUUUAAUUGAUUGGUCAUUAAGAUGUCAGUAAAAAGUGUCCAAAAGCCCAAGCUGACGUCAUUUCAGCUCAGUGUGUGUGCAGCGAGGUGAAGAGUGGAAGCACUUCCCUUCACAAUCGUCCAAAAUUUCUAAAGUUUAACUUUUAAAGUUACUUCCUCCUCAGCUCUGAUGUCAUCACAGACUUUUGUAUAUUUUUGAUCUAAAAUGCAAUGAAAAUAUCUAAUCUCAUCAUAGCAACAAUUUCUCACAUCACGUGUGGAAUCGAGCCGUAAGCUGAUAACUAUAACCCGGUAAACAGCAAUAACAGGACAUGUUGACAAUCAGAUGUAAACAGCCUUUUUUUCUCUGUUUGAUUUCCCACUUUUGCUCCAUUUGCUCUGACUUUAUCUUGCUCGUAUGUCUCCUCUUCAGCUUUGAUCCAAAUAAUAGUUUCAGCAAUAGUAGAUGUAUUGAGUGCUGCUUGUUUGUCUUUUCAUUUCAAACUCAAUAAAGUUGUCAUUAGCUCAGGGCAGUCGUGUCGUGUCUCGUUACGUAGCAGCUGUUGUGCAGAUUUGAACAUUUGAGGCUCAUUAAGCGGUGAUCAAGCCACCACCAAGUCCAAUUAUAUAGUAUAGACAGUAUGUGGACAAAAGUAUUAGGC